AUGGCCGGGCUGACUGUCUUGUUGGGAUCCAACUAUGGAAUUCCUCUUUCGACAACUCAUUGCAAGGUGGGAGCGGUGGUCGCCGUCUCUUUAAUUCACAAUCGCAAUGCAGUUUCAUGGAGAACGUUCGGCAACAUUGCCUGGGCCUGGAUCGUAACACUUCCUGUUUCCGGCGCUAUUUCCGCCUUCUUUUACUGGCUUAUCAUCAAGUUGCUGUAA